ACGCGAACUAUGUUACUUAGAAUCUCUGAGAUGUUUGUUUAUUGACUUGUUCAUGAUCUGUCAAAGUGUUAAUUGUUUAGUUCGGGAAGUUACGAUUGUGAGUGCAAGAAGAAUCCUGCCAUAAAUACAGUAAAACAUGAGUCCGUCAAUGUUUCGCGCAACUUGAGAGGAAGACUGAUGAAGUGUACUUGCUUGGAAGAUGUUGCCCGGUAUUGGAGUAUUUGGAACGGGUAACGUUGUGCGAGUUAUUGUUCCAUUUUUGAGAGAAAAGGGCUUCAAGAUAGAAGCAAUAUGGGGUCGAACACUCACUGCUGCUGAAGAAGUAUCUAAGGAACUUGAGAUACCGUUUUACACUAACAAAAUCGAUGAUGUGCUGCUGCGAAAGGACGUUGAUCUUAUAUUUAUUAUGUGUUCACCAAACCUUCAUGCACAGAUUGCUGUUAAAGCUCUGGGUAUUGGGAAACAUGUGCUAUGUGACAAACCAACCGGGCUAUGUCAGAGCGAAGCAUUGAAGAUGGUACGAGCAGCACAGUAUUAUCCGUCGCUUAUUUCCAUUGUUAACCACAGCUUAAGAUUUCUUCCCGCAUUUUCCCAGAUGAAGAGAGCUAUUGCUGAUGGGUACCUAGGCAGUGAGAAUGAAAUAACCGUCUGCGACGUACGUGUGCAGAUGGGAAGCCUUCUUCACGAUGGUUAUGAUUGGUUAUGUGAUGAUACAAUGGGUGGAGGUAUAUUAACUCUUGUGGGUAGCCACGUAAUUGACCUUGUGUCUCAUCUGACUGGUCAGAGGGCUUCACGUGUCCAUGGCCUUGUUCGAACUUUCACGAAGAACACAGAUUAUGUGCGUGGCAUAAGGCAGAUUUCAAGUCCAGACUUCUGUGCCUUUCAGAUGGAGAUGAGUGGUGGCACACUUGUCACUGCAACACUUAACAAUCAUCUUCCAGGAACGUUUAGCCAGGAAGUUUUAGUCUGUGGGCGUGAAGGACAUUUAAUGGUGCGUGGUGGAGACUUGUAUGGGUACAAAUCUGGUGCAGCUAAGGAAGAAGUCAUAUAUUUGGACGUGGAAGAUUUGCAGCGUGGAGGAUCUAUUAAUGCUGCUGCAAUAAGUGUGAUUCCACGGCCAUACAUGAAAGGAUUAUUUAAGAUGAUUAGUGCUCUUAGAGAAGCAUUUCUGCCUGUUGAAGACAAGAGUGGAUGGGUGAAGGAACCCGUUGCACUGGCAGCAACAUUUGAAGAUGGUUUGUAUGUGCAAGCGGUCAUAGAUGCGCUACGGAAAUCUAGCGCAAACCGUGAAUGGGUAAAGGUUACAGUGCCAAACAUUUCUUAAGAAGUACAAAAAAGAACUACAUUUUGCUGAGUUAUUACUGAAUUUGAUUUCACCUUCUUUUUUCUCACCCUGUAUUGUAUUCUGUGCUUCUAAACAUAGUUGAAGUUGAAAGAAAUUUAUGAUUUUUUGCCUGUGAUGAGAAUGACUGCCAUUUGUGUAAGGAUGUUGUCUAUAAUGAUGAACAUUUGGACAGGGUUGUGAAAAAUACCUUUGUUAAUAAACAUAGCGAAAAUAAAUGCAAGAAAAUA